AUGACAUGUGUGAAUAGCGUGAUAGAGGUUUUGAAGAAUGAAGAAGUUAGAAUGAUUGGGAUUUGUGGUAUGGGGGGUGUGGGUAAAACCACAAUGGUGAAAGAAAUCAUCAAAAGAUUGGCAGGAUUGAAAGUAUUCGAUAAUGUUGUGAUGGCAGUUGUGUCCCAAAGCCCAAGCAUUCAAAAGAUUCAAUUAGAAAUUGCAGAGGAGCUGGGGUUUAAAUAUGACGAGAAUACCGAAAGUGGAAGAGCGCGAAGGCUCUACGGAAGACUCAUGGAAAUAAAUAAGAUCCUCAUUGUAUUAGAUGAUGUGUGGACAGAGCUCGAUUUUGAGGCUAUUGGACUUCCUUAUGGACCUCAUAAAGGGUGCAAAGUUCUGUUGACCUCGCGAAACUUGGAAGUGUGCAAUGCAAUGGGAAGUCAAGAAAUUUUUACAAUCCCAGUUUUAACACCAGAGGAAUCAUGGGAACUCUUCCGUGAAAUCGUAGGUAAACCCUUGGACUAUCCUGAUUUGGCAAAACGAGUCACGAAUGAGUGUGCAGGUUUACCUAUUGCAAUUUUAACUGUUGCGAAAGCACUAGAAAAUAAAAGGAAGCAUGUAUGGGAUGAUGCCCUCAAACAGCUACAAAGUUCAGCCCUUGGAAGCAUCUCUUCGAUGAAUGACAAAGUUUAUUCAAGCAUACAAUGGAGUUAUGAUAGAUUGGAGAGUGAUGAAGAGAAAUCAUGCCUUUUGCUUUGUUGUUUAUUUCCUGAAGAUUAUGAUAUUCCAAUUGAGUAUUUGGUUAGAUAUGGGUGGGGUCGAGGGUAUUUUAGUAACGCGGAUUCGGUGGAAGAAGCAAGAAAUAGAGUGCAUUCUUUGAUUGACAAACUUCAAAGAAGGUUUUUGUUGCUAGAUGGCAAAUCGGAAGAGCAUACCAAGAUGCAUGACAUAGUUCGUGAUGUUGCCAUACAAAUGGCCUCAAGAGAUCCACAUAGAUUUCUAAUAAGAUGUGAUGCUGAAAAAACAGGGUGGCCAAAGAUAUACGACCAUUACACAACAAUCUCACUGAUACCAAUUAAUAUUGAUGAGAUCCCAGUUGGUCUGGAUUGUCCAAAACUUGAGCUUCUACACUUAGAAGGCGAACGUUAUUCGGAAAAUAGCAUGGACAUCAUGUGUAAAGGGAUGAAAGAGCUGAAGGUUUUAGCAUUGGUAGACAUGGGUGGGAUAUCAGCCUUGCCGAGGUCACUAGGACUACUGAAGAGCCUUCGAACCUUGUCCCUAAAUGGUUGUUAUGAUUUAAUAGAUAUAUCUGAUGCUAUUGGAAGAUUGGAAAAUUUAGAGAUCCUCAGCUUUCGUAAAUGCUCUAGAAUCUUAGAGUUGCCGAAGGAAAUUGGACUUCUUAAACAUUUAAGGUUGUUAGAUAUCACGGAUUGUGAUCGUCUUGAGAAGAUUCCACAUGGUCUCUUAUCGAGCUUAUCUAGUCUUGAAGAGUUGUAUAUGGAAAAUAGUUUUCGCAAAUGGGAACAAUCAGCUACAGAAAGCGAAGAUAAGAGGAUGGCAAGCCUUGUUGAGGUGAUGUCUUUGUCUAAUCAUUUGAAGGUUUUAGUCAUAGAGAUACCCGAUUUCAACUUCUUUCCAAAAGACUUUUACUUGACAAGCCGGGCAACAAUAAGAUUCCACAUAUCCAACAGAAUUCAUGGAGAGCUUUUUGGAGGUCAAUCAAGUACUGGUUGUUAUGCAUUCGAAAAUAAGUUGGAGAUUUUUCGAAGUGAUGCAACGGAAUUCAUGGAGAUUCAAAUUGUUCGUGUCUUAUUUAAGAAAUGUGAAGAUUUAAUCUUGGGAAGGAUUAAGAAUUUAAAGUAUGUCCUCAAUGAAUUAGACCAAGAGGGAUUGCAACACUUAAAAGUUUUAAGAAUUCAGGACUGCCCUGAGAUAGAAUACCUUGUAAAUGGAGCAAGUUGGACUCAACAAACAGCCUUCCCUCUCAUCCAAUCAAUCCUACUCGUGUCGAUGCCCAAGCUAAAAGCAAUAUGCCACGACCAACUUCCACAGAGCUCUUUUAUCAACUUAAGAUCUCUUGAAUUACUAUAUUGCCCUGUUUUAAAAUAUGUAUUUUCUCUAUCAGUAGCAAGCAACUUGGUUCAACUCCAAAGCUUAAGUGUUGCCAUUUGUCCCCAAAUGAAAGAAAUCGUCUCAAAGGAGGGGAGGGAACAUGAGACGGCAUCGGACAUCGUAGCUUUCCCUAAAUUAACAAAGUUGACAUUCGAAGAUCUAUCUGAUGAAUUUGUUGGUUUCUACGAAGCCAACAAUGAGGUCUGA